CUCUGGGGCGGCCUCAUAGGCCAUGCCCGUGGGGCUGGGGACUGGUGCUUAGUGACUCUGACCACCUGUGAGCUGAGAAGCCAGAGCCCAAUCCAGACCCCGGGCCCCUGGCUGGUGUCUCCUGCAUGGAAUGGUGUCGCACUCUGUGCCAGCAGGCCCGGUUCACCAUGGUUCUGGGUGCCCUCCUGGCGCGAGGCAGGGACGUGUGCCGGCGGAACGGACUGCUCAUCCUGUCGGUGCUGUCCGUCAUCGUGGGCUGCCUCCUUGGCUUCUUCCUGAGGACCCGGCACCUCUCACAACAGGAGAUCAGUUACUUCCAGUUCCCUGGGGAGCUCCUGAUGAGGAUGCUGAAGAUGCUGAUCCUGCCACUGGUGGUGUCCAGCCUGAUGUCCGGUCUUGCCUCCCUGGAUGCCAAGACCUCCAGCCGCCUGGGCAUCCUCACUGUGGCUUACUACUUGUGGACCACUUUCCUGGCUGUCGUCGUGGGCAUCAUCAUGGUCUCCAUCAUCCACCCGGGGGGUGCAGCCCAGAAGGAGAUGACAGAGCAGAGUGGGAAGCCGGUCAUGAGCUCAGCCGACGCCCUUCUGGACCUCAUCCGGAACAUGUUCCCAGCCAAUCUGGUGGAAGCCACAUUCAAACAGUACCGCACCAAGACCACCCCAGUUGUCAAGAACCCCAAGGCAGCCCUGGAGGAGGCCCCUCCUCGGCGGAUCCUCAUCUACGGGGUCCAGGAAGAGAAUGGCUCUCGUGUGCAGAACUUUGCGCUGGACCUGACCCCACCGCCUGAGAUCGUCUACAAGUCGGAACCUGGCACCAGUGAUGGCAUGAACGUGCUGGGCAUUGUCAUCUUCUCUGCCACCAUGGGCAUCAUGCUGGGCCGCAUGGGUGACAGUGGGGCCCCCCUGGUCAGCUUCUGCCAGUGUCUCAAUGAGUCCGUCAUGAAGAUCGUGGCAGUGGCCGUGUGGUACUUUCCCUUCGGCAUCGUGUUCCUCAUCGCCGGCAAGAUCCUGGAGAUGGACGACCCCAAGGCAGUUGGAAAGAAGCUGGGCUUCUACGCCAUCACCGUGGUGUGUGGACUUGUGGUCCAUGGCCUCUUCAUCCUGCCCCUGCUCUACUUCUUCAUCACCAGGAAGAACCCCAUUGUCUUCAUCCGCGGUGUCCUCCAGGCCCUACUCAUUGCGCUGGCCACCUCCUCCAGCUCAGCCACACUGCCCAUCACCUUCAAGUGCCUGCUUGAAAACAACCACAUCGACCGGCGCAUUGCCCGCUUUGUGCUGCCUGUGGGUGCCACCAUCAACAUGGACGGCACUGCACUCUAUGAAGCGGUGGCCGCCAUCUUCAUUGCCCAGGUCAACAACUACGAGCUGGACUUCGGCCAAAUCAUCACCAUCAGCAUCACAGCCACUGCGGCCAGCAUUGGGGCAGCAGGCAUCCCCCAGGCCGGGCUUGUCACCAUGGUCAUUGUGCUCACCUCGGUGGGACUGCCCACUGACGACAUCAACCUUAUCAUCGCUGUGGACUGGGCUUUAGACCGUUUCCGCACCAUGAUUAAUGUGCUGGGUGACGCGCUAGCUGCAGGGAUCAUGGCCCACAUUUGCCGAAAGGACUUUGCUAGAGACACUGGCUCUGAGAAGCUGCCACCCUGUGAGACCAAACCGGUGAGCCUUCAGGAGAUCGUGGCGACCCAACAGAAUGGCUGUGUGAAGAGUGUGGCCGAGGCCUCAGAGCUGACCCUUGGUCCCGCCUGCCCCCACCACAUCCCUGUGCAGGUAGAGCAGGAUGAGGACCUGGCCAUGGCCAGCCUGGACCACUGCACCAUUGAGAUCAGUGAGCUGGAGACCAACGUCUGAGCCCGUGGGCAGGAGCUGGACCCACAGCCCAUGCAGCUGAGGAGCUGGCAGGCACCAGGCUCUUGCAUUCUGCUCUCCCUGAGAGGCUGGAAUUAGCCUCAGAGAUGGGAAAUAGGGUUUUAGGGAGGAGAGGGUGCAUGCAGGAGCCCCAGCUGGAGAGUGAUGGCCUGCCGAGCCCAAACCCUGGCUGUGAGUUGCUAUCCUGCAAGCCUAUGUGGGAGUCAGGUGUAGGGGCUGUUGUCCCCAUUUUCUGGGUCACAGAUUUGAGCACUUGCCCACAAUCUUGAGCAAGCAAUGUCAGGGCUAGGAUGAGCCCUGGCUACUCCUUCCUGUAGGACAGAGUGGCUCACAGGGACAGAUGCAGAGUGGCUCCGUAGCCACCACUGCUUCUAAUUUAUGAGGACAUAGUAUCAGCAUCCUGGUUUCUGCCCCAGCCAUGUCCAGGCUUGGCCAGCCUCCACCCCACCCCAUAGCAUUAGGCCUCAGAUAAACAGCUGUCCAUAAGGCUGGUCCUGUCCUGGACUGAGACCUCCUUGCUGCCUUCCAUGUGCCAUGGCCUGCCCCAUCCCUGCCCACUAGCAGGUCUCACACAGCUUGUCCGAUGCAAGGAUGGACAUCUUUUCCAGGGAUCGUAGAAGGGCCUGGUGAGGAUAUCCAGGCCAGCUUCCUAUGGAUAGGUAGGCAGGUCCUGAUGGCAUGCUGGGGUCGGAACUCCCCAAAGGCCCAUGUGACAAAGUGGAGUCACAAUUUCCAUCCCUUUCUGUGUUUGAAAAUUCUGUGACAACUAAAUAAAGAUCUUUUGUUUUCCAA